AGGGAGGGAGAGAGAGAGGGGGGAGCUGUCUGAGAGCUGCUGGAGUCAGUACCAAUCAGAGAUAGGUUUCAGAUGAAGGCAAUCAUCCCGUCGCUGUGAAACAAAGUCGCUCUGCUGUCCAUCCAGGAGGAAGAGGACCGGAGCACAUCGCGCUGCACGCUGUGUGUUAGUUCGCAUUAGAGGCUAUUUGACAAAUAGCCGGCUCGGACUGUUUGGGGGUCUGUGGAGGAGGUGGACCGGUGCGAUGAUGACGGGUAAAUCUGUGAAAGACGUUGACAGAUACCAGACUGUCCUCAACUCUUUACUGGCACUGGAAGAGAAUAAAUUCUGCGCUGACUGCGAAUCUAAAGGUCCAAGAUGGGCAUCCUGGAAUUUGGGCAUCUUCAUUUGUAUCCGCUGUGCUGGAAUCCACAGAAACCUGGGGGUCCACAUCUCCAAAGUCAAGUCUGUGAAUCUGGACCAGUGGACGCAGGAGCAGGUCCAGUGUGUUCAGGAGAUGGGAAAUGCCAAAGCCAGACGCCUGUAUGAGGCUUUCUUACCCGAGUGCUUCCAGAGGCCUGAGACGGACCAGUCUGCAGAGAUCUUCAUCAGGGACAAGUAUGAUAGGAAGAAGUACAUUGAUAAGGUCAUUGACAUCCAGAUGCUCAGGAAAGAAAAGAGCUGUGACAACAUACCCAAAGAGCCAGUGGUGUUUGAGAAGAUGAAAUUGAAAAAAGACGCCAGCCCGAAGACAAAUACCCUGUGUCUAACUGACCUGCUUGGAUUAGAUGCCCCUGCUCCCUGCCAUGCAGUGUCUAAUGGUGGAGGAUGUGUUCCAGACAGUAAUAAGAGCCCAGCGGUGUCCAAUCCAACUCUGGCACACUCCGCACUGGAUCUCUUCAGCUCCCUGCCAGCACCCUCCUCUGCGUCCUCCUCUAAAACCACGCCUGUUUCCAAUUCCAUGCCUCAGAACAGAGUGACUGCCUCGGUGCCUGAAAACCUCAGUCUGUUCCUGGAUCCUGCUCGCAAAGGAGAGGGGGGCACUGUCAAGAAGCUGUCCAAGGACUCUAUUCUCUCCCUGUAUGCCUCCACCCCCUCGAUACAUGCCAGCAGUAUGGCUACUCACGGCUUGUAUAUGAACCAAAUGGGAUAUCCGACGCACCCGUACGGAUCGUACCAUUCUUUAGCGCAGGCAGGUGGAAUGGGAGGUGCCAUGAUGACAUCUCACAUGGCCGUGAUGGGGCAGCAACAGGGAGGCAUGAUUGGAGCCCAACAGAAUGGCAUGAUGGGACAGCAGAAUGGCCUAAUGGGUGCCCAGGGCGUCAUGGCUCAGCCUGGGGGUGUUAUGUCGUCACCCUACAUGACCCAGGGCAUGAUGGGACAUCAGCAGAAUGGAAUUAUGGGACAGCAGCAGAGCAGGAUUAUGGGACAGCAGCAGAGCGGGAUGAUGGGACAACAGCAGGUUGGAGGUGUUGGCGCAUUACCUCAUCAGCAGGUGUAUGGAGUGCAACAAGCCCAGCAGCUACAGUGGAACCUGGCUCAGGUGACUCAGCACAUGGCAGGCGUGAAUGUGUACAACACCAAUGGCAUGACUGGAUAUAGCAGUCAACACAUGGGAGGCUCAACAGCUCCAAGCUCAGCACACAUGACAGCUCACGUUUGGAAAUGAUCUCAUCCGUCCUGAAGGUGGUGCAACGCCAAUUUGCCACAAAAGAGAGGAGAGCUGAGUAGUAGGAAUCUGUGAAUUAGACUCCCCAAGAGAUAUUUUCUAAUACAAGGGAGGAGGAGGAGGAGGAGGAGGAGGAAGAGAAGACAGGUGUGAAGAAUAAUAAGGUUCAGGAAACCAUUGCUACCUCUCUCUUUCUCUCUCCUCUCUGCCCAUGCGUCCUCUUCUCGUCUUUUCCGUGGCCAUGUUUUGCAUAUCUCCGUGCUUGCCUUCAAUACAUUUUCUCAAAACGACCAAGACAACAGGGUUCAAAUGUUCACUGUUGAGGAGUAUAUUUCCCUCUUUGUACUUUUAGCCCAGCACAUCUGCUCUUUAUGGGUGUCACUGACUGCUUGAUUUAAAAAAAACAAAAAAAACAAAAAAAAAAAACAGUUGUUUUACUUUGAGAGUUUUUCGAGUUUUUCAUAUUUGGUCAAAAUCAGACAAGACAAGAGGUUAGUCUAUGAAAACUCAAUUGGUUGAUGGCAUAGCCUGCAUACAAAGAUGGACGACAUGACAGCUCCCCAAAAGUAAAACCAAAACAUUUUGAGCUCCCCCAGUUGAUUGGCUGCAACACAGGUCAUAAGGCCCGCCUCCUCCAUGAUAAAAGAUGGUCAAUGAAGACUUAAGUCACAUCCUUUUUUUUCAAGCACAGUGUCUGUAACUGUGUUCUUAUUGUGCUGAGUGUGUUUGCUUCAGAAGUUUAGUUUAUAUCAGUUAUUUGAUGCUAUAAAAGAGGUCAAAUUCAAUGAUUGACUGCUCUGUCAGCAAAUGCGGCUCCUGCGGUGCGAGAGGAACCACUUUAAGAACACGAACAAUAGAGUCAUUAAACUUUCCAUAACUGUGAGUGUCCGCUUCAAAACCGAUACAAGAAUCUGUUUUGCUGUAGACGGUACCAGCCUGAAGGAUCUCUGUUGUUUUAUCACUUAAAAAGUUAAAUGAAUGUUUUGGUUAUCAGAAGGAGCAGGACGUCAUAACCAUAGCAAAGUAUCCUGCACAGACUCCAACACCAAACCAGCGCAAUAUGUCAGUGCCUGUCCAGCAGGUAAUUUGGCUUCACUUUUGUACAACGGUAGGGGGUGAAGGUGCUACGUCCAUCUUUAUAUACAGUCUAUGAUUGACGUGCUUGAACAGUGGCAUUCAAGAACAAGGCUAAUGUUAGCUUUAGGACACGUCUCAUCAAGUCUUUUUUUUUGUAAGAGGAUGUCAAAAGUUUAAGUGUUAAAGGUCACAUAUUAUGCUCCUUUUCAACAAGUUUAAAUGCGUCUCAAAGGUCCUCAAAACAUGUCUGUGAAGUUUCUCGCUAAACACCCACUCUGAUCCUGUAUUUGAGCAUGCCUAUAAACCCCUCUGAAUCAGCCCUGCUCAGAACAGGCUGUUUCUGUGUCUGUAGCUUUAAAUGCAAAUGAGCUGUGUCUCACCACGCCCCUCUCUGGAAGGUCCUGGGUGGCUUGGACUUUCUCGCUCCAUGCCCUAUUGUUGAUGGCAGUGUCAUCCACCUGGGGGAGGGGUUACUGCCCUUUGUGAUGUCAUGAAGGGAAAAUCUCCAAAUGGCCUGUUUGAGCACACAUUUUCUAAAAAGUGGAGCAGACAAAAGAUGGAGAGGAUGGCCUUUUCUCAUAAUUGGGUGGUUUUUAGACGGACUUGAGACACUUAUUAGUGUCAGAAAAACAUAGUAAAGUGUAUUUUGCAUAAUAUGUGACCUUUAAGCAUAUUAAAGGUACAUUUUUAAUAAAAACGAUAUACACCUUACUGAAUAAUUUUAUAACUAUCCAUAUCUACCAAUAUUAUUGUUAAGAAAAUCCCUUUAAGUUUUGAUAUGUUCUUAGAUUCUUAGUGUCUCACAAGUUAAAGCAGCUACAGCUCUUAAUGAUGAUGUCUUCUACUCAAGUCACUGAGGGCUUACGUAAGAAUUAAUAUUGGGAGACCAAAGACAAAUGCUAGCUUUACGAUGGUUGUGCAGUAUUCUAGUGCUUUGCUACAGCCUGUGUAACCACUUAACUAGUGAUACGUAGAACAUUCAAAUCCUCAGUCCUUUAUAACUAUUAUACAAACUAAUGUUAAGGCAUAUCAAUCACUGUGCUAUAUCCUCAGCAAAGGAUGGGACACUUCAAAGUCACUUGCAUGCAGUGUGAUCACGUAAACGUGGAGUUAAAGCUACACACCUCAAGUUAAUCUACCUUGUACAAUAGAGGCCUCAAAUAACGUUGAAUGUCUGUAAAUUAGAAUGUAUUUGAGGGAAAGUGACAUUUCAAGGUGCGAUAUCAGACAUGUUUCAGAUUCUUCCACUGAAUUGCAUGAAGAGAAUGUGUUUUUGUACGUACUGUAUCUUCAUUAAGAUAUCCGAAUGUGUAUCUCUGAAUGUUUCUCUCUGAAAAAAAAAAACAGACCAAGACCAACAAAACAUCUCGGUGAAUGUGUGUCCAUGAAUGUUUUCAUGAACCGUGAACUGCACUAACCCAAGGGCGUUGCUUGGGUGUGUUUGUUUUUUUGAUAUUCUAUGACUCUUGUCAAACAUUGUGCACUCCUGUCCCUUGAAUGUUCUGUGCUAAACAGUGGACUUUCUGAUUUUGGAGAACGGUUCUGUUCAGUUUUAAUGUAACUGUCUUACCGUCAAGAUGGCAGAAACUGGGACCAGGUUUACAAUUUGGCCGAACCACAUUGUGAAUGUACGACCAAAAUCUGUCACCCCCUCAUGUUUAUUUAACAUUGCUUCUUCCUCUCCGUUGAAAGACUUUGCUAUUUCUAAAUACUGUACGUCUGUUUUCAUGAAAUGCAUGAAGCCACUAGUGUAAAUAAUCUCAGUCUUUCCAUUAUAUAACACCAAGGCAAUCUGGUAAAAGUUAUAAAUUAACAUCAUAUAAGAUUCAUAGCAUACUAAGAAUUGUAUUGAUUGCUGCCAACAUAUAAGGAGUAAAGCCUUUAAAUCCCAGAAACUCAUCGAUUCCUUCCUGGGGUUUGUUUGUUUUUUUCAUUUGAGCUUGUUCUGAUAUUUGAGGCAAAAGUGUGGUGGCAGCAGCAGUCACCAUGUCUGCUGAGAGCAAUAUCACCAGACGACAAUGUGUCACUCUGCACUGUGACAGCAGAUCUGUCAGCUAUAGAGAUGAGAAGCUUCUGGUACAAUCAGCCAAAGGUCCAGCUCUAAGGCUUCAACAGAGCUUUUUUCAUUUUGUAAAAACUUCAACUUUAGGUCGCGUAUAUUUUCUGUGAAAUAAGAGCAAAUGACUGAAUGUAUCUUUUUAUGUAUUUUGUCAAUCAAGACAACGUGUCCUUUAUUCUUUAUCAGAAUAUCUCUGUAUAUUGUUUCUAAAACAAGGUUGAUGAACAUUGACCGUACUGUAUAUUAGUUCUGCUUUGGCCUGUUUGAUUUCAUGUUCGUACAAACUAGUCAUUCACAUUUAAGAAUAUGUCUGUAACAAACAAUACUUGUCUGUGAAUAUACAGUAAACAAAAUAAAUAUUGUUUUGAUUAAA